GAAUAAAAUCAAUUUCCAUCUUCCACCAUAUAACGACCCACCAAACCCCCUUCAUUCCCCCUUAGUUCCCAAACGCUAUCGCAGAUCGCCGAGCCGUUACGACAGUCGAGAUGGCUCUAUCAGCCCUCGUCGCCUCUGCUUCUCGAUCCAAUCUCAUGAGACCAGUCACCACCGCCUUAGCGAGCUACCUGUCUCCCCGCCGCCCCAUCUCUACCGACAGCAAGCCUCUUACGAUCGAGACCUCCAUGCCCUAUGGCUCUCACAAUUGUGAAGCUCCCUCACGCUCCGUCGAGACCACGUCGGAGGAGCUUUUCUCCUUUUUCCAGGACAUGGCAAAGAUGCGCCGCAUGGAGAUCGCUGCGGAUUCGCUCUACAAGGCCAAACUCAUCCGCGGAUUUUGUCAUCUCUACGAUGGCCAAGAGGCCGUGGCGGUUGGCAUGGAGGCCGCUAUCACCAAGAAGGAUAGUAUCAUCACUGCGUAUCGUGAUCACUGCACAUUCAUUGGGCGUGGUGGGAGUCUAUUUGAGUUGUUUUCGGAGCUCAUGGGGCGCCACACUGGCUGCUCUAAAGGAAAGGGAGGUUCUAUGCAUUUCUACCGGAAAGAGGCUGGAUUCUAUGGUGGUCACGGAAUUGUUGGAGCUCAGAUACCUCUGGGAUGCGGCUUGGCUUUUGCACAGAAGUACUCCAAGGAUGAAAACGUGGCAUUUACAUUGUACGGAGACGGAGCAGCUAAUCAGGGACAGUUAUUCGAGGCUCUGAAUAUUGCCGCACUUUGGGAUCUGCCUGCAAUUUUGGUCUGCGAGAACAAUCACUAUGGGAUGGGGACGGCAGAGUGGAGGUCUGCCAAGAGUCACUCUUAUUAUAAACGUGGGGAUUAUGCUCCUGGAUUAAAGGUUGAUGGUAUGGACGCUCUUGCUGUGAAACAAGCCUGUAAAUUUGCUAAGGAGCAUGCUUUGAAGAAUGGACCCAUUAUUCUUGAAAUGGACACUUACAGAUACCACGGUCACUCCAUGUCUGAUCCUGGAAGCACUUAUCGCACACGUGAUGAAAUCAGUGGCGUGAGACAGGAGCGUGAUCCAGUUGAGAGAAUAAGAAAGCUAUUAUUAGCUCACGAUAUAGCUACUGAGAAAGAACUAAAGGACAUUGAGAAAGAAGUGAGAAAAGAAGUAGACCAAGCCAUUGCUCAAGCCAAGGAAAGCCCGAUGCCGGAGCCAUCUGAACUCUUUACGAAUGUAUAUGUGAAAGGAUUAGGAACUGAGGCUUUUGGAGCAGAUCGGAAAGAAGUUAGAGUUAAGCUUCCAUAGAUUUCAUGUUGUAUUCGAAGUUGUCAUCAACCCUGCAACACACUGGCUAUCCAGAUCCAUGAAAAUUGUAACACAAUAAGUGAAAGAUGGUGCUCUCAUGCUCUCAUCUAUUUGAUUUUUUUCCAUGACGAUUCUUCUCUGAGUCGUGGGCCAUGCCACAUGUUGGUAGUGUAAUUUCUGGAAUAUAAACUACGAUUUUUGCGAGUGAUUGGAUAGGUUGCUCUUGUGAUCCUGAUUCUGGGAUACAUGACCUAUUGCUCUUGAAUACUCGGAAGAGUUCUUUGGUUCAAAAUUGAAAGUUUCUGAAUGUACGUAUCGAAUUCACUGCUUCUCUCUCUUUCUCCGUAUCUGAAAAGCGUGUUUUCUUUGAAACGCUACAGUAAAUCCGUGUUGAUUGUUUCGGUUUGGUUACCUUUUUUGUAUUCUUCUUUGCUUAAAGAAGUUUUUGAA